UAUUUCAUUAAAACCAGUAGCUGUAAGCAAAACAAAUCCUAGCAAGGAAAACAAAGAAAAUACCAAGCCAAAGAGGGAGAUCCCUUCAAAAAUAGAGCUACCAAAGCACUCCAAGGGCACAUUUACUAGCUGUUGGUAUGCCCGAAAGGAUGGAUCUGAUUUUUCCUCAGAAGUGACUUCUAGACUUGGUGGCCUCUUGAAAGUUCAGAACAAGAAGCAGUUUGUCCCAACCUGAACUGGUCUUCCCUGGGAGAUGGCUAAGCUUGUUCCAGGCUUCAAGAAAAUCACUAGGAAGCAACAAUUUUAAAUGUGCAGCCUGCUUUAUAUCAGAGGCCAGGAAAAGGAAAGCUAAUAUUAAAACCAUAUAAAACAGAUCAUGAUGGUAUCCAUCCCAGAAUACUAUGAAGGCAAGAAUGUCCUCCUCACUGGAGCUACUGGCUUCAUGGGAAAAGUUCUUCUGGAAAAGCUACUAAGGUCCUGUCCGAAGUUGAAAACGGUUUAUGUGUUGGUUAGACACAAAGCAGGGAAGAAUUCUCAAGAACGCGUGGAGGAAAUGAUCAGCUGCAAGCUCUUUGACAGAUUGAGAGAUGAACAGCCGGAAUUUAAUGAAAAAAUUAUAGCAGUUGCCAGUGACCUUACAGAAGUAGACAUGGCCCUUAGUGAGGAAGACAAGGAGAACCUCAUAAACUGCACUAACAUUAUAUUCCACUGCGCUGCUACUGUAAGAUUCAAUGAAAUUCUAAGAGAUGCUGUUCAGCUCAAUGUAAUUGCGACACAACAACUUCUCUUCUUGGCCCAGAAAAUGAAGAAUCUAGAUGUGUUUAUCCAUGUUUCAACAGCAUUUGCAUACUGCAACCGAAAACACAUUGAGGAAGUGGUCUAUCCACCCCCUGUUGAUCCUAAGAAAUUAAUAGAUUCCUUAGAGUGGAUGGAUGACAGCCUAGUGAAUGAUAUUACACCAAAACUAAUAGGAGACAGGCCUAAUACUUAUACAUAUACAAAAGCCUUAGCAGAAUACAUUGUACAACUGGAAGGUGCAAAACUAAAUGUAGCCAUUAUAAGGCCAUCAAUUGUGGGUGCCAGCUGGAAGGAGCCUUUCCCAGGAUGGAUUGAUAACUUUAAUGGACCUAGUGGCCUUUUUAUUGCUGCAGGAAAAGGAAUCCUUCGAACGAUGCGAGCCUCAAACAAUGCAGUUGCAGAUCUUAUUCCAGUAGAUGUAGUCAUCAACGCAACAAUAGCUGCUGCCUGGUAUUCCGGAGUUAAUAGGUAUAACAGACCAAGAAAUACUAUGGUAUACAACUGUACUACGGGUGGCACCAAUCCCUUCCAUUGGGGUGAAGUUGAAUACCAUGUAAUAUCCACUUUCAAGAGGAACCCUCUCGAACAGGCCUUCAGACGGCCCAAUGUAAAUCUAACCUCCAAUCACCUUUUAUAUCACUACUGGAUUGCUGUAAGCCAUAAGGCCCCAGCAUUCCUGUAUGAUAUCUACCUCAGGAUUACAGGAAGAAGCCCAAGGAUGAUGAAAACAAUAACACGUCUUCACAAGGCUAUGAUGUUGCUAGAAUAUUUCACCAGUAAUUCUUGGGAGUGGAACACAGAUAACGUCAAUAUGCUCAUGAGCCAGCUGAGUCCUGAAGACAAAAAGACCUUUAAUUUUGAUGUUCGACAACUACACUGGGCAGAAUAUAUGGAAAAUUACUGCAUGGGAACGAAGAAAUAUGUAUUGAACGAGGAAAUGUCUGGUCUCCCAGCAGCUCGGAAACACUUGAAUAAGCUAAGGAACAUUCGUUAUGGCUUCAAUACAGUGCUUGUGAUCCUCAUUUGGCGUAUUUUCAUUGCAAGAUCACAAAUGGCAAGAAACAUCUGGUAUUUUGUCGUUAGCCUCUGUUACAAGUUUCUCUCUUACUUCAGAGCAUCCAGCACUAUGAGAUAUUAAAGAUGGCAAUUCUAGAAUUAGGACAUCUAUGCAUAUGGUGGUCUAAUGGCAUAAAGCCCUAAAAUGUACCUACUCAUCUCGUCUUUUGUAAAAACAUGAAAUAUUAGAUCUGGAUUGUGAAAUACAGUACAGUACACGUGAUGCUUAAUUGUGUAUUUCUGUGGAGAUCAUAUGGCUGGUACUGGAUCAAUCUGUCAUUAGGCAAAUAUGUAGGUUAAAUAUCCAAAUGAAUUUAAUAUCUCUGUAUGAGGAAGAACUUUAGGCCACUGACCAGUGUAACUGUGCAAUUCUGGAAUGCAUUGAAAUUAAAAUCUGCCUUAACAUAGUAAACUUAAUUUUUAUUGCAAAUAAGUGUGUUUAGUUAAGGUGAACAAAUUAUUGGCUUAGAUGGUAGAGCUAUUUAUUUGAGACUUUAAAAUUGCAACUGGUUUGUCUGGUUAUUCUUAUGAGAGAGGUAUCUUUGUAAAUGAUUGUGAGUUGGGCAUUCGUUAGUCUUUUAUUCUUCUCUCCUCCUUUCCAAUCCCUUGACUUGAAAAAGCAGGGAUCCUUCAAGGGGAAAACUGCAGCUGGUAUACAGCAUUUUUCUCUGCAUGUUUUUCUGACUUGUGGCUUAGAACUGUUUGUAUGGCCAAGGAAAGAGGUGAAUUUAUCCCUUGGAAGUUGCACACAAGGGAACCACAUCAUUACAAGUCACAAGUAUUUUCCUUUUAUUGCAGAAGAAAUCAGGAACUUUGAAAUUUUAUUCAGUGAUUUAGCGCAUAAAUCUGUUUACGAAAUGCCACAUUUCUUAAAUUACCUACAGAAUUUUAAACCAAAUUAUCGAGCACUACUUCUGAAGGGGUGAAAUUGAUAUUUAUACUAAAUAAAACUCAGCACAGUUUGGGGGAAUGGUGAAAAUAGAAAUGAAGAAAAUAUAAAUAACUGAAUAGGUUCUAGGUUAAAUGUAUUUUUCUGCAUGUUGCUUUACCAGGAAAAAUGCAUUUACAACAGUCCUUGCUCUAAGAUUUAAUUAAGUACAUAUAAUAUUAAAAUCUUACUCUAUAAAACAUAGUUACAUACAAUUCUCUGCUAUCAACAUUCUUUUUAUUUGAUAUAAUCUACCCAUACCUGUGUGGUGGCAACCGAUUAACUUCUAUUAUACCUGGGUUGUUGUUUUUUUUAUUAAUAUGCCUAAGUAAAUUGUGAAUGAAUCCUGAAUGAACUAUAGGAGUUAUACGAAGCACAUGCAUCCUAUACUUAUAAUUCCACAUAUAGAGCAUGUCUUGCUGCUGUGGAAAUAUAACUUCUUUCAUGCAAAUGUGCAUCUGAUUUUGGAGAGAGAGCUUCCUUGUUGAAGUUUAAAUAUUUUAUCUUAUUAAGUACUUUAAUGUACAGUUGUAGUUUUUUUUUAAAAAAAGAUCUGCAUAUAAUUUUCCAGGGAUACAAAAUGUUACAUAGUCGAAGUCCACACUAUUAAGAAGUGUGUGAGUCUGGUGUUACAGUGUUGGAAUACAAUAAAUUGUGGAUUUAGUGAUUUAAGGUUUUACAGUUGGGUGCAAUAUUCCUACUGUAUCUGCUACAGCUGCUCCCCUAAUUCUUUCUCAUUGAACUUGAAUAUUUACUUGGCAUUUUAGUACGUUGUAAACUUUUGCACAAGGUGCCUGGAACCCAACAAGCCACUUUGAUUUGUGUAUAUAUGUACGUGUGUGUGUGGUUGAAUUUGGUGAGAGGCAAUUGUAAGAUGCUUAGAUGCUGAGUUCAUUUUCUCACUGUACUGUUUUUAUGGAACAAAUUACUACUUACUCCUGAAGCUAAUGCAGCUGAGAAAAUUGCACCAGGAUCCAUACUACGAUUUUAAAAGAUCUCUGAAUAACUGAUAGAAUUGUUUAAUUUUCCACACUAGUUUAACUUCCAGUAUGGCUGCCAUAUUGGAUUCCUAGGAUUUCCAUUUAAUUUGAAUGGUUACCUAGUUUUCUCAUACAAAGAAAUAACAUAACUAUGUCGCAAUAAUGUUCUAGCAUUCCACAUAAAUCUAGAUUGUAAAGGUUCCUUCAGUUUUGGUGUUCAUACUAAUGUUGCAACUUCAGUAAUUUCAGACUUGUUAAUUAAAAUAAACAAGAUUCACAAUUUUGGGUAUUAGUCUGAAAAGUCUAAUUGACUUGAAGAAACUAUCCAGUCUAAAGUGAGAGAAGAGCAUUCUGAAAUGGAUCACUCAGAAGGUGUGCCAGAACUUUAAAAUUUGGGACCAUAGAAGAACAUUACCCUGCAAUGUAGCUUUCUGCUGUAGGAACAGAUUCUGAAAACAAAAUUUUAAAUCAUAAGCUUUUAUAAAAUAGAAAUAUUGGGUGCCUUUGUUUGUAAACCAAAAAUAAACAAAUUCCUGAAUAUGA